AACAUCGAUGUUUUCCAUCUCUAACUGCGCAUCUGAGGAAGAAAACGUGUAAUUUGUUCUGUUGGAGGUGCUGGAUGAAGUUGUGGAGUGGACGGUCAUGGACAGAUACCUGAAACGAACAUCAAAUUCAGAGGAGAAUGUGGAGGAGCCAGCUCAAAAAAAGAAGCGUGAAGCUUCCAUUGCGUGGGAUCAUUUCAACAAAACGGCUGAGAAAACACACGGUGUGUGUAAGUAUUGUGGGAAAGCGAUACGCACAUUGGGAAACACAACAAACUUGCUCAACCACCUGAAUCACGUCCACCCAGACACGGUUUUUUAUACAAAUGAUUCGGCGAGGAAACGCAAACUUGACGAGAUGGUACUGAAUAUGAUAGCUGUCGACGUUCAGCCAUUCAGUUGUGUCGAGGAUGAAGGUUUUAGUGCCCUUCUUAAAAAGAUGGAUCCUCGAUACAAAUUGCCAAGUAGAACAUACUUGCGGGAUGUUUGUUUGCCAAGAGAGUACGAAAAAUGCAAAGAAACGCUGAGAGGAAUUCUAAACAGUGUUGAUCAUCUGGCACUAACAACUGAUUUGUGGACAUCUCGAGCCAACGAGGGCUACAUAACCAUUACAUGCCAUUUCAUAUCCAAUAAUUUCAAAUUGGAAUCGGCAAUUUUAUCAACACAACAUCUUCUAACGCCAACAAAUCACACCGCUGCAAAUAUAGCAGAAACGAUAAAAUCGGUGCUAGAUGACUGGGCGAUAGCGCAAAAAGUUGUAUGUCUUGUGUCUGAUAACGACGCUUCCAUGAAAAAGGCGUGCGUUUCAUUAAAAUACAAACACUUGCCGUGUGUGGCCCACACUAUUAACCUGCUGGUCCAGGACAUAUUAAAACAGCCAAUAUUAGAGGAAAUUCUAAGCAAAUGCAAGACUGUUGUAUCGUUUUUUAAAAGAAGCUCGACUGCGUAUGCAAAAUUCAAAGCAGCACAAAAAACAGAAACUCCAUAUGGCCUGGUUCAAGAAAUGCCGACGCGCUGGAAUAGCGUAUACGAAAUGAUCAAGCGAGUAAUUCUGACAAACGAAUAUAUUAGUGUAGUAUUGGCUGUAUCUCACAAUGCCCCUUCACCGUUGUCUGCCGAAGAAAUUAACGUUUUAAAAGAGAUUUCGAUAUUGCUUGCUCCAUGCGCGGAUGCAACCUUGUCGGUUUCGACGAACACCAAUGUCUCAAUUUCGUUGAUCAUUCCUGUAAUUUGUGAACUUUUCCACAAAGUUAAUGGAUUCGAUUUCAAAACAAUUGAAGGAAUCGCUGCCGCAGAUUACAUGAAGAUUCGUCUAAGGGAAAGAUUGUUUGCAUAUGAAACUAGAACGAUUCCUCGUAUCGCAACAAUUCUCGAUCCGCGAUUCAAGAAGCAAGGGUUCCUUGCCCAAUCGAACUCGGAGGAAGCGGCCAAGGCUUUGCAGGAAGAGCUGAACUCCGUUAUGACAACAACUCCACGACCGCAGCCAGCACCACCAACAGAGGAACCUACACGGUUCUCAUUCCUCAAAACUAAAAUGGAGACAACAGUUCAAUCACUUCGGGCGGAUUCCAUUAUACUCUUACGCCAACAUCUAGAGAAAGGGAACCAACCGGAAAAGUGCGAUCCGUUGGCGUAUUGGGAGAUGUCAACUGAUGAACCAUUUAAAAAGAUCUCGAAAAAGUUCCUUUGUAUUCCAGCAUCCUCAUGCGAGUCUGAACGCCUCUUUAGCAAGGCAGGCCAAAUGAUUUCGGACCGUCGCACUCGCUUAUCGCCAUCAGUCGUCGAUAAGCUUCUGUUCCUUAACAAAAACAAAAAUAUUAAUAAAAUUAAAAUAUAAUAACAACAAAAAAA